AUGAUGGCCCCAGAAGAUUUGCCAACUGUUUCUUCUGUCGACAUGUACCAUAAUGCUACCUUGGACUGGGCAUUUUUGUCGAAGAAGGAGUGUUUGAAAUACGGAGGAAAGCUCGUGGGGAACAACUGUUAUUUUGUUCCUGAUAUCACGCUCAUGUCUUUCAUCCUCUUCUUGGGAACCUACACCUCUUCUAUGACUCUGAAAAAAUUCAAAACUAGUCGUUAUUUUCCGACCACAAAAGGAGCGGGGUAUCACUUGGAUCUCUUCUGGGUGGCCAUCCUCAUGGUUGUGUGCUCCUUCAUGGCUCUUCCGUGGUACGUAGCUGCGACUGUCAUCUCCAUCGCUCACAUCGACAGUUUGAAGAUGGAGACAGAGACUUCUGCACCUGGAGAACAGCCGAAGUUUCUAGGAGUGAGGGAACAAAGAGUCACUGGAACCCUUGUGUUUAUUCUGACUGGUCUCUCAGUCUUUAUGGCUCCCAUCUUGAAGUUUAUUCCCAUGCCUGUGCUCUACGGUGUGUUCCUGUAUAUGGGGGUGGCAUCACUGAACGGCGUGCAGAGUUUUUCACCAUUUGGAUAUUUGUUACAAAAUAUAAGGCAGUUCCUCGCAGAGCGGACUAGGCGAAUGUGA